AUGCAAGAAGCGAAUCGUAAUACAGAUUUAAUAUUAGAAGCACAAAAAUUAUUAAAAGAUGCUGAUUUACGUGGUAUUCAAACAUUAGAUGUUAUCACUGAUUCAUCAUCAACAAUAUCAAAAACAAUCGAUAAAUAUAUUCUUAAUGAACAUUUAAUCAAUACAUCACGUGAUCUUAUUAAUCAAUAUGAACGAAAAGCUAAAUUUGAAAAAUUAAUUAUAAUGACUUUGCUUGUUCUUUUUUUUGCUGUUGCACUUAAUAUUGUUAAAACGAGAUUACUUUGGUAA